UAGAGGCAGCUCUCCACAGAGAUGAUGUGGAGUUCAUCAGUGACCUGAUUGCCUGUCUGCUUCAGGGCUGCUAUCAGCGAAGGGAUAUCACGCCUCAGACGUUCCACAGCUAUCUGGAGGACAUCAUCAACUACCGCUGGGAGCUGGAGGAGGGGAAGCCCAAUCCUCUGAGGGAAGCCAGUUUCCAGGACCUGCCCCUGCGCACCCGGGUGGAGAUCCUACACCGCCUCUGUGACUACCGGCUGGAUGCAGAUGAUGUCUUCGAUCUUCUCAAGGUGUUUCACUGUGACCCCUUCUCUAGAGCAGGUCUGGAUGCAGACAGUCUCCGCGUGGAACCUCUGGGUGAAGACAAUUCUGGGGCCCUCUACUGGUAUUUCUAUGGAACACGAAUGUACAAAGAGGACCCUGUACAAGGGCGAUCCAAUGGAGAACUCUCCUUGAGCAGGGAAAGUGAAGGACAAAAGAAUGUCUCAAAUGUUCCUGGAAAAACAGGAAAAAGAAGAGGAAGACCCCCCAAACGGAAGAAACUACAGGAGGAGAUAACAAAUGAGAAGCAGGAAGAAAGCUCCUUGGCAUCUGAGCCACAGAAAAGAAAUGGGUCCCAAGGGCCAGGCCAAGGCACUUGGUGGCUCCUUUGCCAAACUGAAGAAGAAUGGCGACAGGUCACUGAGAGUUUUCGAGAAAGGACAUCACUUCGAGAAAGGCAGCUCUAUAAGCUCCUCAGUGAGGAUUUCCUGCCUGAGAUCUGCAACAUGAUCGCUCAGAAGGGAAAACGUCCACAGCGUACAAAGGCAGAGUUGCAACCUAGGUGGAUGUCUGACCACUUGUCCGUCAAAUCCAUCAAACGAGAGGAGACUCCAGUGCUCACCAGGAUAGAGAAGCAGAAGCGCAAGGAAGAGGAAGAAGAACGGCAGAUUCUCCUUGCUGUGCAGAAGAAGGAACAGGAGCAGAUGCUCAAGGAGGAGAGGAAGCGGGAGUUGGAGGAGAAGGUCAAGGCCGUAGAAGAUCGCGCCAAGAGGAGAAAGCUCAGGGAAGAACGGGCAUGGCUGCUGGCCCAAGGCAAGGAGCUGCCCCCAGAGCUCUCCCAUCUGGACCCCAGCUCUCCCACACGGGAAGGAAAGAAGACAAAGGACCUCUUCGAGCUGGAUGAUGAUUUCACUGCCAUGUACAAAGUUCUCGAUGUGGUAAAGGCUCACAAGGAUUCCUGGCCCUUUUUGGAACCUGUGGAUGAAUCUUAUGCCCCUAAUUAUUAUCAGAUUAUUAAGAUCCCCAUGGAUAUUUCAAGCAUGGAGAAGAAAUUGAAUGGAGGUUUAUACUGUACCAAGGAGGAAUUUGUAAAUGACAUGAAGACUAUGUUCCGGAAUUGUCGAAAAUACAAUGGGGAAAGUAGUGAGUACACCAAGAUGUCUGAUAACUUAGAGAGAUGUUUCCAUCGAGCAAUGAUGAAACACUUUCCUGGUGAAGAUGGGGAUACAGAUGAAGAAUUUUGGAUUCGAGAGGAUGAAAAGCGGGAGAAAAGGCGGAGCAGGGCUGGGCGCAGUAGUGGGAGCCACGUGUGGACUCGCUCUAGAGACUCUGAAGGGCCCAGCAGGAAACAGCAGCCAGUGGAAAAUGGAGGAAAAUCAUUGCCCCCUACACGCCAGGCUUCGUCCUCUCGGGAUGAUCAGAGCAGCAGUUCUGCACAGCCCCCGCAGGAUGCAGGCACCUCGAACAGCCGGAGCUUCCCCCGCCCCCUGCAUUGUGGCGGAAUGCCCAGCCAGGCCCCCCUUUUUAACCAGAUGAGGCCAGCAGUGCCCGGAACAUUUGGCCCUCUUCAAGGAGCAGAGCCCACCAACUUGUAUGGCUCCUCUCAGGUCCUGGAAGCACACCCAGGAGAGCCCAUGCAGCACCAGCCCCUCCCUGUGCAGCCUGCAGUUGGAAUUGGCAGCCACCGAGGACCUCAGCUAGGUGCUCCUGAAGAAAAGCCAAUGUGUGGGGGACUGACGCACCUUUCUAACAUGAGAUCCCACCCCGCCUCCUUGCAGCUUGGGCAGAUGAGUGGCCCCAGUCAGGAUGGAAACCUGUAUGCUCCAGCUCCAUUCCAGCCAGGGUUUAUUCCUCCUCGGCAUAGUGGCACUCCAACUCGACCCCCAGAUUUUGCUGAGAGCCCAGAAGUUCCUCCCAGCCACAUGUAUCAGUCAUAUAAGUACCUGAAUCGAGGACACUGUGUUGUCUGGAAUGGGAACCAUGGUGCUACCAACCCAGGACCCUUGGGGCCAGAUGAAAAGCGCCCCCUGGGGCCAGGAACCUCUCACCAGCCUCGAACCCUUGGUCACAUGAUGGAUUCCCAUGUGAUGAGACCACCUAUCCCUUCAAACCAGUGGCCUAAACAAUCGAGCUUUCUACCUCAUGGAGUUCCUUCCUCAGGGUAUAUGCGACCACCCUGUAAGUCUGCUGGACAUCGGUUGCAGUCACCUCCAGCCCCAGCAGCAAGUUCUCUAUUUGGAGGGCCCUCCCCAUCCCUGCGGGGGGUACACGGAGGGGACUCCAUGAUGGACAGUCCUGAGAUGAUCGCCAUGCAGCAGCUAUCCUCCCGUGUCUGCCCACCAGGUGUGCCUUACCACCCCCGCCAGCCCACUGCCCCCCAGUUCCCUGGCCCUUUUCCACAGGUAGCUCACUCAGCCUCAGUAAGUGUGUCAGCCCCUAAGCCUGCCUCAGGCAACCCUGGGAGGACACAGGGUACCAGUGAGAUGCAAGAGCCUGAGAAUGACCAAGCAGAGCCCUUGCCUGGGCUUGAAGAGAAACCCCCCAGCAUCGGUGCUUCAGAGGGGGUAUACCUCAAACAACUACCUCACCCCACACCUCCCAUGCAGUCUGACUGCCCCAGGCAGAGCUCCCCACAAGAAAGGGAAACAGUGGGCCCAGAGCUCAAAAGCGAUGCCUCAGAAUCUUCAGAUCACUGUAAAACAGCGCAGAGCAAAACGACUUGGCCCUCAGGCAGCAGCUGCCCCAGCCCAGCUCCCCAGAGCUGUAUGAGAGACCUCUCUGCAGCAGCAGGCAGAGGGCCUUUGCCUGAAAAUGGAGUCAUUGGCGAAGCAUCGCCUUGUGGGUCCGAGGGGAAGGGCCUUGGCAGUGGUUCAGAAAAGCCACUCUGCCCCAGAGGCAGCAUACUGCAGGAGACCAUUCCGUGUACGGGGCAGAACACAGCUACACCCCCGUGCGCAGACCCCAGUUUGAUGGCAGGCACUGUAAGCCAGUUUUCCCCCUUGUACAUGCCCGGCCUGGAAUACUCUAAUUCAGCUGCACAUUACCACAUCAAUCCAGGCCUGCAAGGGUUGGGCCCUGUGAUGGGAGGGAAGUCAGCAAUAUCGCAUCCUCAGCAUUUCCCCCCCAGGAGCUUUCAGUCUGCCAGUCCUCAUCCUGGAGUCUUUCCCCGGUACCGGCCCCCUCAAGGAGUGAGGUACUCCUACCAGCCACCCCCGCAGCCUUCCUAUCCUCACUACCAGCGAACUCCUUACUACACAUGUCCGCAGGGCUUUUCUGACUGGCAACGACCUCUCCAUCCCCAGGGAAGUGCAGGUGGGCCCCCAGCAGGUCACCCUCCCCCCCAGCGAUCCCUCUUAGAUAGGAAUGCUGUGGCUGAUCUGCAAGGCUGUGAGACUCUGAGUGCCUCCUUAACCUCCCCAACUCGAACACAUGCAGUGGCCGCUAAAGUCGUUCCAGCAGACGGUCAGAAUCCUGGUUCAGAGGAAGAAAAGCCGGAUGAAUCUGUGGAGAGGCCAGAGAGUCCCAAAGAAUUUUUAGACCUAGACAACCAUAAUGCAGCUACGAAGCGACAGAGUUCAUUGUCAGCCAAUGAAUAUCUUUAUGGAACUCCUCCACCGCCUCUGAGUUCAGGGAUGGGUUUCAGUUCACCUGCUUUCCCUCCCCAUGGUGUGAUGCUGCAGACGGGGCCUCCUUACACACCUCAGCGACCAGCCAGUCAUUUUCCGCCCCGCGCAUACUCCUCCCCAGUGGCUGUCCACCCACCUCACCAUGCAGUGGCCACCCAAGCUAAUGGCCUCUCUCAGGAGGGCCCCCUCUAUCGCUGCCAAGAAGAGGGCCUGGGGCACUUUCAAGCUGUAAUGAUGGAGCAGAUUGGCACUGGAAGUGGAAUAAGGGGGCCUUUCCAGGAAAUGUACAGACCAUCAGGGGUGCACAUGCAUCCAAUCCAGUCUCUGCCCUCAUUCCCAAAGACCCCAGCACCGGCGGCAUCACCAGAACAGCUACCACCGCAUAAACCCCCAACGCUUCCUCUGGAUCAGAGCUAGUUCAAGGAGGAAACAGCCCCCAAGGGAAUGGAAAAGCUGCAUAUGAAGAAAACAGCACACUGAGGAUUUGGUGGUGACCUUGCCCAACUCUCCUCCUGUCACCCUACUCCACACCUUCACGUGAAUCACACCUUGCCACCCGGAACUGGAGCCACUCUCCGGCCUUUGAAGCACACUCCACAGACGACAGACUUGCAGCUUGCAGCUGCCCCAGGCCAGCAGGCUGCUUGCACUGGCUGACACAGUUGGAAAGAACAAAUGGACCUGGAGUCCACACUGACUUUUCCAAAUCUUGCGACUUGUUCAGGGAAAUCACUUUGUACUGGGAGGGGGCCUAGUGGGCAUGGAGUGGUGCUUUUAACCUUUCAUGAGCAGCUAAUCUCAGGUAUAUCUUCGGGGAAGGGACUACUUGUAGUAUUAAUGUUUUUGGAGCUGGGUCCAGUUUACAGAAUUUUCAUGUUGCCUUUUAAAAUAAUUUUUGUUGGUGGUGAAUGUAUUGUACAUAAAGUGGGGAGGGUGGGAGGGGACGUGGAAGAGAUGGGAGUCCCAACUGUGGUGGGCACACAGCACUGGAGUGGUCUGUGUUUACAAUCAUGUCACACUGAACGCUUUGAGGAGCUGGCCAAGGGGGUAGGCAGCGUCUUACCUUGUCAUCUGCCACUGUCUGUUUGCUUAGUGUGUUGGCCAGCCUCGAACAGCCAAAGGACUUCCUUCCAGUUGGCCUCAGAGUACAGUUGACUUGUCACCCUCCCAUUCUGUCUUUCAGUUUGAGGCAGAGCACUCUCAUGUGGCCCACUGGAGCUUCACCCCAGGAGACAGGCUGCUCUCGCUCUGGUGACCCAAGUCCUGGACUUGGGAAACGGUGUCCCUUCCUGAUUUUGCCACCAGCCUCACCAGAUACCUGCAAACCAGUAUCAGGAAUUGGGAUCACUAGAGUGUUAUACUUAGAAGAUAAAAUCACCCUCUUCGCAGGCCUGUUAGGACUGUGAUCUAGAAGGCAUCACACAAAGCUUUCUGGCACAAAUCACAUUUUGUGAAAGUGACUACUCAGGUUUGUAUAUGUUAGUCUCAAUAAAGGAAUUGCACAGGUUUGAAUAGGGAAAAUGUAUUCUAUAGAUUCACAGUUUGAAUUUAGCAAUAUUGCAGUGUCUCUAGUUACUCAGUUUUAAGUGAAUCAUAGUAAAAUCAGUCACAGUGAUUUAAAAUAGCUGUCAAGGACAGGUUCUUGGAAAUCAUUUGUCGUAUCAGUCAUAGGAGACAAUUUUCCAGUAUUAAAUUACUUUAUUAUUGUUUUAGAAGUGAAUUACACUGGAUUCCCUCUGUUUACUGUUCUCUGUUUUGUUUGAUAUGUCACCAAAGUUAGGACCCACAUUUAAACUUUUGAAUAUGCCACAAAGAAAAAACUAAGAACAUCCUACAGGUGCAGGUCUUUUCAAAGAAUAGCAUAUUUUAAAAUAUGCUUUUGUGAUCAUAGAAAAGUCUUCAUAAAAUAUCUGUUUUAGAUUUUUAAAAAGUUAACUGCGAGAGGGUUCGUUGUCACCCUUCAUCUCCAUUUCUGUUAUCCUCUGGUUAACAGUCUGCUAUACCUGUGUGAUCAGAGGGAAGGGAAAUAGGUUGCACAUCCAGGAUACAGAGUAUGAACCAAGACUCCCACUCCAGUAGAAGGGAAUUCAUACCAGCUAGUGAAUGCUUAUUGUCCUGAGGCUGUUGCUUAGAGCCCAACCGGUGUCAAGUUGAACAGAGAUAAAAAAUAGAUGUCUUGGAAGUACGGUACACAAAAGUAUGACUUUUUCUCUAACAGACUUUCAGUUUAAAUUUGGUGUGUUUCCAAGUGGACGGAGUUGUCAGGCUGAAUUUUCAUUGGAUCCUAAAUCGUGUCAGACUAGGAAGGACUGGCACAGUCUCGUUGAGAAGAGUAAGCAGAGGUCAGAAGAUUUGUGGGUGGAUCUCCUCUGCCCUUAGGCUCCUGAGCUAACUCGGUCAGAGUGUGACUGCUUCUGUUUCUAUGUUGAUGCAAAAAACAAGGAGAAAGAAUGAACAGCGGAUGAGGGCCAGUUAGACUUGUUAGACGUUUGAGUUCAGAGCAGGGGCAUUCUGCCGCCAACAAAGGAGAGGCCUUGGCUUCUCUGUGGGGACACAAUAACCGCAGGGCCUCUUACUUCCAUGUUGCUAACCUGGAGCGGUUGCCACAUGCUCACUGCUGAGAUUCCUUCCUCCUCACUCUUCCAGAGCCCCCCACCCCACCCCAGGUACCUGUUGCUACAGAAAUGCAGUGAACAAUGCAGGGGGUGGAAGGGGUAAAUUCCUUUAUCCUUAAUCUCCCUUCUUGGUUUAGGUUGAGGAGAAAAUACUAAGAGCAAUAGGAAGCUGAACUACUAUGUUAUAACACUGUGAACAAAAGCAAUAGCAAAGUGGUCAGCCUUUUGCCUCCUGGGUGAGAUUUUGAUCAUCACAGGGCCUGAUGCUUCAUCUUCAUCAUCAUAGACGCAGCCUUCGUUGGUCUUUGAAGCGCAGAUCUGCAAAGAGCUGCCUGAAGGUGCCAGACCUCAGAAACAGGACCUGAGCUGCUGUGACCCCCUCGUCCACUCACCACUAAUCAAGAUCUUUUGUUCUCCUGUCUUCCUCUAGCACUUCUCUUUCCAAGUGUCUUAAGCACAGCAAUGUCUUAAAGCAGAUGCAAGUGCAUUUGCCAUCUUCUCCAUAGGGAAGGUGUUAUGUGAUUAAGUAACUAGAAAAUAGUAUGUAAGGGUGUCCUUGCUGCUUUGCUCUCAGGCUAGACAGACGUCAAGAUCUUGUAGAUCUGUCAUCUUCUCAAGUGUGCUGCCUGUCUGUGGUCCCCAGCAGGGCAUGGCUGAGAUACUCCCACUCCUGGUUGAUUUAACAUGCAUGACUUUUUGACCUGAUUAGAUUUGUUAGUAAGCUAGAAACUGUUUCAAGGCUGAAGAGGGAAUAAAAGAUCCAGAAAGAGAAGUA